AUGGAGAUUAUUGGCAACUACGACGUAGUAUGCGACUGCACGGACAACGUUCCGACUCGUUAUUUGCUGAACGACGCUUGUGUGUUGGCGAAUAAACCGCUGGUGUCUGGCAGUGCCCUGCGGUGGGAGGGCCAGCUGACUGUCUAUCAUUAUCAGGAUGGCCCUUGUUUUCGAUGUUUGUUUCCUGAACCGCCGCCGUCAGAGUUGGUCGGAUCUUGCGCUCAGAACGGAGUCAUCGGUUCA